AUGACAGCAGGCUUCGUCGUCGAACCUGGUUCCGCCGAGGAACCUGCUAUCGACGCCACGCUGCUGCACUCACUGGGGCCCAAUCUUCGAUCGACCAUUCCCAAAUGCGCCGGAUGUGGUGACAUAAUUCUGGACCGAUUUAUCUUGAAGGUUCUCGAACGGCCGUGGCAUUCAAAAUGCUUGAAAUGCUCCGACUGUCAAGCUCCGUUGGCGAACAAAUGCUUCGCUCGAGCCGGUCAUCUCUAUUGCAAGGACGAUUUUUUCAAAAGGUACGGUACGAAGUGUGCCGGCUGCGAGCAAGGCAUUCCUCCUACGCAAGUAGUUCGACGCGCUCAGGAAAACGUUUAUCAUCUGGCCUGCUUCUCCUGCAUCCUAUGUAAACGCCAGUUGAAUACUGGAGAUGAAUUCUAUCUCAUGGAAGACAAUAAACUCGUCUGUAAAGCCGAUUACGAAGCCGCCAAAGCAAGAGAGGGUAGCACGAAACGACCUCGUACGACAAUCACUGCAAAGCAGCUGGAGACGUUGAAAUCAGCUUAUAAUCAGAGUCCGAAACCUGCGCGACACGUGAGGGAGCAGCUUUCGCGCGAUACAGGUUUGGACAUGCGAGUCGUUCAGGUUUGGUUCCAGAAUCGGAGAGCGAAAGAGAAACGCUUGAAGAAAGAUGCGGGAGGCAAAGCUCGUUGGGUUGCCAGUGCAGGGGAUUAUUAUGGAGCUCCUCAAUCCGGCGGUGGUGGACGGAAACGACCGCCUAGCUCAGCGGAUUCCAAACACGGGGACGACUCGAAAGACAACAGUCACGCCUUGUAUCAAGACGAAAUCUCGGAGCCCUUCAGCACCGGAGGUUGUGGCACGCACGGUCUCGGAGGAAUGUCCUCGGAUUCCGAGGAAGACGACCAUAUCAUUGACGACGAUUCCGACCCGAACAGGCCCCAAUCCGCCUACUCGGGAUACAAUCUCGCGUCUCCUGCGCACACUCCGACGGAUAUCUGCAACUGCACACAACUGAAAAUGAUCGCUAAACUCUUCGCCUUCCUCGUCGUUCUGGCUCUCGUUGCCGCCGCUACCGCCCAAUUCUACGGCGGGUAUGGCCGCGGCUACGGCGGUUACGGUGGAGGAUACGGUGGCGGAGGAUACGGUGGAGGAUACGGACGAGGAUACGGCGGAUACGGUCGUGGCUACGGCGGAUACGGUCGCGGCUAUGGAGGUUACGGCCGUGGAUACUACGGCUAAGCAAUGCUCUCUCCAUCGAAUCUCAGACCUCGACAAGAACGAUUCGUUCAAGCUCCCCACCUACCGGCACCUUGUACCAAAUGUAUUGUAGAAUAAACUUGUCUGUUUCCGCAGACCAUACUCGAGAAGA